UAUUUAUUUAUUUAUGUAUUUUUUUAAGGUAGAGAUAUGUGUAACCUAAUAUCUCGCAAGUUAAAAAAUCCGUCUGAAUUAAAUUGAUUUGCUCCAUGGGAUACGAUAGAUGAAGGGAGAGUGAGGGUGUGGUAGGCAUGAGCAUUGAGCAAAGAGAAGAUUAGCAUUGUGUGUAAGAUGGGAAGUAGAGAGGAUCCGAAUCCCAUAAGCAACGAGUCGUCAGCAACAGCAACAGCAACAGCAACAGCAACAGAACCCUUUCUAUCAUCUUCUACGGCAGUGGAAGAAGAAUCGGAGUCAAACCAGCAAUACCUUCACAUCACUUACAAUUCAGGCCCUCGCUCCUUCAAGGACCUUCCUUUCCUCAUCCUCUUCCUCCUCUUCCUCCUCUCCACCUUCGCCUUCGGCAUCUUCGCAAUCGUCCACCGCAACACCGCCUCCUCCUGCGUAAACCCUUCCUCCACUCCCCUCUCCCUCUCCCUCUCCCUCUCCCUCCGCUCCUUCCCUCACUGGGCCAAGGCCCUCACAUGGACGCUCCUCAUCACUUUCCUCCUCAGCCUCCCCCUUUGCUGGGCGCUGCUCCUCUCUCUCAACCAUUACACCAAACACAUUGUCUACGCUUCGCUCCCCUUCUUCAUUCUCAUCCCCAUCUUCCUCAACGUCUACUGGUUCGUCGCCUGCACCCUCCGCUCCUCCUGCACCCACGCCUUCCCCCUCGCCUACCGGAUUCUCCUCAUGCUCUUCGUCUUCUUGCUUAUUGGGAUCAUCGUCUGGAUCUUGGUCGUCAAUUGGCACCGCCUCGAGCUCACUGUCAGCAUAAUUGGGGUCGCUUCUAACGCGCUUUCCAGGAAUUUUACCCUCUUCGGGGUGCUUCCUUCUAUGACCAUUGGCCUGCUGCUGUAUUAUGUGCCAAUCAUCCUUUUCAUGGUCUUUGCCAAGUUUAAUGGGAAGCUUGUGGUGAAGGAAUUGGAGGGUCAAUAUGAUUGUGUUUGGAAGGAGGAUUCCUGGGUCCCUGCUUAUUUUGCGUUGGCUAUUCUCACCAUGUUGUGGUCUGCGGCUGCUAUGGUUGAAGCUCAGGUUUAUGUCAUUAGUGGGACUAUUGCUAAUUGGUACUUCUCCAAGGAUUAUCAAGCUCCUAAGCGGAGUAUUCGAACUUCUCUUAGAAAUGCUUUUGGUCCUUCUUCUGGCACGAUAUGUUUGUCGGGAUUACUUAUCUGUGUUGUUCGAAUGGUGCGUUCUGCGGUUGAUAGUGCAAGACAAGAGGAUACUCCUGGGAUAGUGAACCUUGUGUUACGGUGCUGCGUAAAUGCCUUACUGACAGCAGUUGAUUUUCUCAACAAGUUUACUAUAAACUUUGCUGCAAUAACUGGUGAAGCUUACUGCUCUUCUGCAAGGAUGACAUAUGAACUUCUAAGACGUAAUCUUCUCUCUGCUGUUUUCGUGGAGACCAUCUCAUCUCGCCUCCUGGCUGGAAUUGUCUUUGUCCUCUCUGCAAUAUACACAAUUGUGGUCUGUGCUAUCUUAAAAGCUGGUACCAAUCUGGGGGCUGAUUCAUAUUUUGUGGCUGCAAUGGCAUGGGUGCUACUGAUAGUAGUGCUGGGUUACUUCGUGCAUGUGCUAGACAAUGUGAUCGACACAAUUUAUGUCUGCUAUGCGAUAGACCGGGAUAGAGGAGAGGUUUGUAAACAUGACGUCCAUGAGGUUUACGUUCACCUACCCAUAAGUAGAAGUCUCAGACAGUCUGUUCCUACAAGAACUCUAGGUGUGUAAAUAAUUCUUCUGAUACAAAUGUUUUUGAAUCCUGGGAUUGGUAUUUUAUGGACAGUUUGGAGUUAGAAUUCUCUGUGACUGACUUGUGAGCCUAUUGUGCAUACUCCUGAAUGUUUCUUAUAUAAAUUUUUGUUUUCUAAUUUUUUCUAAGAGUAAUUUUUAGUUAAUCUGAAAGUUGACUUCAGUUUUGUCGUGUAACCUUAAUCAUGUAUAUUUUGUUUGGGAGAAAGAGGACAAGUUUACACUGUUAAUCAGAAAGAUUUGUUGGAGAACUUAGCAAAUACUAUAUUACUUCUGUAAUGCUUUCAUUCUCAUUUGUUUGGUGCAUUAAUUUGCCCUUGAUCUAAUAAUAUUGCUGUAGUCA